UGCUGUUUGUUGACAACAUUGACAACCUUUAGAAGUCCGUUAGCAACAACUUGGUUCGCUUCACGUUGAAUGUCUCUAACUUGAAUUGAAGUGAAACGAAUAUUGAAAAAGCAUGUUCAUAAGUAGCAUGGCGCGAAAAAAUAUGGAGAAGGAGCGGGAACUUCAAAUUACACGGUCAAAGCCGCCAGAAAGAAUAAAAAUGUCAUCAAACAACGUGCUUCAAAUUACUGGAGAAAACCCACUGAUGAGCCAAAAAGGAUUGAGCUCCAGCUUGAAGUCAAAGCGGCACCAACGCUCAAUUUCAGCACCGUUAUCAACAAACAAGCCACCAAAGUCUCAGGUUGGGUUACUGCUUGACAAAAAUGCUUCUUCUCAUAAAGAGGAAAUCCAGCUUGACCCUGAAAAGUACGAUCUAGCAAUUGACUUAGAGGAUAUUUCUGGUAGCGCCUAUAGGGAAGAAGAUGGCAAUGGUGGGUGGUUUCUUAACCCAGUUCAUCGACCCAAUGAAAACUCACUCCCUUUUUCUGAAAUCAUGCAGAGAAAGCCCUUAACUGCAUCAGUUAUGAAAGCAACUGCAGAAGGUACUCUUGCUAGGGAUUAUGAAGAAGAUAUUUCACAAACUCCACUUGAAGAAUUUGAUUUGGAUAUCUUCAAACAGACAGAUUUGAGAACUUACAGAGAGGAGAUUCGAAGAUCUUUAGGCCUCAGAUCCCCCUUUGAGCUUGAGCUGGCAAGACUGAAACAAGAAAAAUUGAAACUGGAAGAGGCAUAUUUGCUAAAACUCAAGUGUGAUGCUGAGCUUGAGGAAACUAGGGGACCAAAGCCAAGGUGGUAUGAGCUGAAAACAAAAACUUUUAGCAGAGAGAUAAGAAAACAUAACAACUUGUUGAGUAACUCAGAAAACUGGAGAGACCUUGUAGAAUAUAGAAAUCAGCUGAUUGAAGCUUCUGGUCGCUGGGAGAACCUUAGACAGUAAAGAAACUGUUUUGAUUAUAGUUGUAAUAUUUUUUAUUUAAAUAGAAAACUUAAAUGUUGCAGUUUGUAAGUUAGAUAAAAAACUUUAGUUUGAUUGAUGGUGAAUUAUUAUUCGCAGCAUUUCAGU